CUCUGAGUCAGACACAGAGGGACUUGACUCUCCUUUGAAGGCCUGUACAUCCCCUGCUCUCUGCUCAGCCACCACAGCCCGACCAACUCCAACAUGAUUUCCAGGAAGUCCUACUCGGUCUCGGGCUCCAGCAGCGGCUCCAGGAGAUCCCUGGCAGGACCCCAAAUCGGCUUCAGGAGCAGCUACACACUCGGUUCCUCGGCUGGUGGUUUUGGUGCUGGUUCCGGUGCUGGCUUUGGUGCUGGUUCUGGUUUUGGUGCUAGUUCCGGUUUUGGUGCUGGUUCCGCUGGUGGUUUUGGCUUCGGCUCGUCCAUGAGCUCCAGCUCAAUGAUGGGUGGUGGUGGAGCAGGAUUCUACGCGGCUCUCCCAAUCACCGCUGUCACAGUCAACCCGAGUCUGCUGGCCCCCCUGAACUUGUCGAUAGACCCCUCCAUCCAGGCUGUCCGCACCCAGGAGAAGGACCAGAUCAAGACACUUAACAACCGUUUUGCUUCCUUCAUUGACAAGGUCCGUUUCCUGGAGCAGCAGAACAAGAUGCUGGAGACCAAGUGGAGUCUCCUACAGGACCAGACCACCACCCGUUCUAACAUCGACGCCAUGUUUGAGGCGUACAUCGCCAACCUGCGCCGGCAGCUCGACGGGCUGGGCAACGAGAAAGUCAAGCUGGAUGGAGAACUGAAGAACAUGCAGAUCCAGGUGGAGGACUUCAAGAGAAAGUAUGAAGAUGAAAUCAACAAGCGUGCAGGUGCAGAGAACGAGUUUGUGCUUUUGAAAAAGGAUGUUGACGCUGCCUACAUGAACAAGGUUGAUCUGGAGGCCAAAGCCGAUGCUCUUCAGGACGAAAUCAACUUCCUCAGGGCCGUCUAUGAGGCUGAGCUUCGCGAGCUGCAGUCCCAGAUCAAGGACACCUCAGUCGUUGUGGAGAUGGACAACAGCCGUAACCUGGACAUGGAUUCCAUUGUGGCUGAAGUGCGCGCUCAGUAUGAGGACAUCGCCAACCGCAGCAAGGCUGAUGCAGAGUCCUGGUACAAACAGAAGUACGAGGAAAUGCAGAGCUCUGCUGGACAGUACGGUGAUGACCUCCGCACAACCAAGGCUGAGAUCGCCGAGCUGAACCGCAUGAUCGCCCGUCUGCAGAAUGAGAUCGAGGCAAUCAAAGCACAGAGGGCCAACAUUGAGGCCCAGAUUGCUGAGGCUGAGGAGCGUGGCGAGCUGGCAGUGAAGGAUGCCAGGCAGCGCAUCAAAGAUCUGGAAGAGGCUCUCCAGAGAGCAAAGCAGGACAUGGCCCGCCAGGUGCGUGAGUACCAGGAGCUGAUGAACGUCAAGAUGGCCCUAGACAUCGAAAUCGCCACCUACAGGAAACUGCUGGAAGGAGAGGAGUUCAGACUGUCCGCUGGACCCACCAACGCAACCAUCCACGUGCAGCAGACUUCAGGCGGUGGAAUGUCCAGCUCCAGCUCUGGUGGUGGAUUCGGCUUCGGUGGCGGCAGCGGCAUGUCUGGUGGCUACAGCAGCAGCGGCAGCAUGUCUGGGGGCUACGGCAGCAUGUCUGGCGGCUAUGGCGGUUCUAUCACUAAGUCCUCAGUCACCACCACCAGUUCCAGAAGAUACCAUUAAAAAGAACAGCAGUCCUCCUUUUUACAUUACCUGCACAUUUUACCUUACAGCCACUAGUUAUUCUCCAGAAUCUCUGGGUGCAUGUUGUCAUCAUCAAAACAUGAACGUAUAUGGAAAGGCCCUCACAGAAAUGUGUGUGAUACAAGUGCAAGCUUUGCCAUUAAAACAUUUUAAA